CUAUCACUGUCAAUAGUGUCAAUCUGUCAUGCUUGGAGAAUUUGAAGAAAUGUUUACAAAACAAUUUUAAAAUAUUGAAACAAAUGGCUAUAAUCUAAUAUUAAUCGUGUUUGAGAACUCAGAAUCUUUAUCAAUUUCAAGAAUCUUUUUAUUUCUCUCAACAAUAACAUAUAAAUAGCUUACACCACCGGAAAGCUGCUAGAAUGGAAUUCUGGAUUCUUUGUCUACUCUUCUUUGCUCCCUUGUUAGCUCUCAUUCUUAGAGCCAUCUAUUUAAUUUGCCUAAUAUUUACAACCGAGUCCAGAUUAGAGAGUGAAUCUGCACUUCGAACUGUGCUAUGUAUUGGCUCUGGUGGACAUACAACUGAAUUACUGAGAAUUGUUAAAAACUUAGAUCAUGAGAAAUAUCAGCCACGAAUGUACAUUUUGGCUGAAAACGACGUCAGCAGUGAGGUCAAAAUACACAAGUCUGAACACGGAACAACACAGUAUGCAUUAACAAGGAUUCCUCGGAGCAGAAAUGUGAACCAAUCUUAUUUGUCAUCAGUUGGCACCACACUUUAUUCAACUUUACAAUCAAUACCAAUUGUGUACAAUUUUAAACCUGAUAUUAUAUUCUGUAAUGGUCCUGGUACUUGUGUGCCAAUUUGUAUUGUUGCUUUCAUGUUGAGAUGCUUGUUCCUCAUCAAUUGCAGAAUUGUUUUCAUUGAAAGUAUUUGUAGAGUAAGAACUUUAUCACUAACUGGAAAGAUUCUUCAAUACUUUGCAGAUAUUAUUGUGGUGCAGUGGCCACAGCUAAGGGAUUCAUGUUUUAGAGCUAAAUACUUUGGUAGGCUGACAUAAAUAAUACAGGAUAGCAACACAGAA